UUAAUUCUUUUGUGAUUGCAGGGAGACGUUUGCUGCUGGAUCUGCGACAUGUGCGAGGAUUACGAGUACGUCUACAACGAGUCGACGUGCGCCGACUGCGGCAAGGGCUCGUGGCCGUACGAGGACAAGCGGUCCUGCUACGAGCUGGACGUGCAGUAUAUCCCCUUCUUCUCCGCGGUGGCCUACGGACCGCUUAUCAUCGCGGCCGCCGGGAUCGCCUUCACGCUGGCCACCGUGGGAGUGUUCGUGCGCUACAACGACACGCCGCUUGUGCGCGCCACGGGCCGGGAGCUGAGCUACGCGCUGCUCAUGGGCAUCACGCUCUGCUUCGCCAACACCUUCAUCCUGCUGCAGAAGCCCUCGCUGCUCACGUGCACCAUGCAGCGCUUCUCCGUCGGCAUGGGCUUCUGUAUCAUCUACUCGGCCCUGCUCACCAAGACGAACCGAAUCUCUCGCAUCUUUGACUCCGCGUCCAAGUCGGCGCGACGGCCCAGGUUCAUCAGCCCCAAGUCGCAGGUACUCAUCACUGUGGCGCUCAUCCUGGUACAGACUCUGGGCACGUUCGCCUGGCUGGUGGUGGAGCCGCCGGGGACGCGGUUCGACUACCCGGACAGGCGCCAGGUGUGGCUCAAGUGCCGGAUACACGACGAGUCGUUCCUGCUGUCGCAGCUCUACAACAUUCUGCUCAUAUGCGUGUGUACUGUGUACGCCUUCAAAACACGCAAGAUCCCGGAGAAUUUCAACGAGAGCAAGUUUAUCGUCUUUACCAUGUACACGACGUGCGUCAUCUGGCUCGCGUUCCUCCCCAUCUACUUCACCACGAGGCACGCGCAGGAGGUGCAGGUGCUGACGCUGUGCGUCUCCAUCUCGCUCUCGGCCUGGGUCUCCCUAGGCUGCUUGUUCGCUCCCAAGGUGUACAUCAUCCUUUUCCACCCUGAGAAGAACGUCCGUCGGCUGACCAUGAGCACGACGUACCGCCGUCGCUCCGGGGGGCGGCCGUCCUCCAGCGGCGUGCCCACCGCCACCACGGCCAUCGCGGACCACAACAACGACCACAACAACAAGCGGCCGGGCUCGGGGCACUACCAGGCGUGCACCCCGGUCGGACAGCCAGUGGAUCUGGUGGUGUCGCAGUCCCCCGGGCCCACGGUGUCCACAAGCACCAACGUGGCCGAGGCCCACGAGGCAGCCGCUCUGCUCUAGAGAGAGAGAGAGAGAGAGAGAGAGAGAGAGAGAGAGAAUGGCAGUGAGUGAGUGUGUGAGUGAGUGAGUGAAAAUCGUGAAAUUGUGUGUGAGACUGAAAGAGAGGGAGAGGCCUGCUGACCUGUCAAGAUA